UAAAAUGUUGAUAAUCAGGUGGCCAGUGCCCCCUCCGUGCCCACCGCCGUCAGCAGGCCGGCCCAGCCUCCUCCUCCUUCCGCUGCGAGCUUUGUAGAGUGGUCGAGAGGAGCGACACCGCGGAGCCAAAAUGGGAGUUGAAAUUGAGACUAUAACUCCGGGCGACGGACGGACGUUCCCGAAGAAGGGGCAGCGCGUCGUGGUGCACUAUGUCGGAACACUUGCGGACGGGAAGGUGUUCGACUCCUCGAGGUCCAGGGAGAAACCGUUUAAAUUCAAAAUCGGGCACCAGGAGGUCAUCCGCGGCUGGGAGGAAGGAGUGGCUCAGAUGAGCGUAGGCCAGCGGGCAAAGCUCAUCUGCUCGCCGGACUUCGCGUACGGCAGCAAAGGUCACCCCGGGAUCAUCCCUCCCAACGCCACCCUCACCUUCGACGUGGAGCUGCUCGGUCUGGAAGCCUGAAACGCGCGCACUCGGCCUCUAAUGUCACUCACAUUUUCAGGGUUGUCUCCUAUUUCGGGACAAUGGAGGAAAAAAUGUUCACAGAUGAUUCCUGCUCUUGAUCCUGCAUAGGACCUAUGUCUCUAGCUUCACUAGUUUAUCCUCCGGUCCGUUAAGGUGCAAACCGAAUUGUCACUUGCUUUAAAAACGGUAUAUUAUUCUACCUGAGUUUCUAUACAGUGAUAAGUCAUAGGCCUUCACCUCCCGUGUAUUUUGUCAUCCUCUGCUGUGUUUUUAAAAGUGAUUUUUUUUUUUUUUUUUUGUACUUUGAAUUGGCGGUUGACUCUCAAAAUGCGCUGCCUUCAGGACCACGUCUUUAGAUGCUGGAUCAGACUCGCUCCUGUGGCUCUGUGGCCUUCAGUUAGAUUGUGUUCUUUGCAGGCUGUAUGAAAAAGUAAGAAUAAAUAGUUUACAGCAAUCUUUCUACGAACAACUUUUGUGAUACUUGCGCGUGAAGUAAAUUGGAAAGGCGUGAGCGGGAGCAGAGGGGAUGAACCAACCAACCAAGCACAGAUUUCUUUUUUUUUUGGGACGCAAGCAUUAAGUCUUAAAUUAUGUUCAAUUGGUGCAAUGUUUACAACACAGCAAAAGUGUCCAUGGUGUAAACGUAGAGGAUCACAUUCUGCUGCCGGUUCCAAGGUGUCUGGGUCUGUUUCUUCCUCUAAAGAUGCCAUAAUAAGUGGUUUUAACAGAAGCUGGUAUCCCCCCACCCUCUGCCACUCACUAAUAUCUCACUGCUGAGCAUUUUCUGCUUCCUGAAGCGUUAUUUAAAGGCAUCGCUGCACACUAACAAUAAAAGGAAGGAAGGAAAACGAGCAUCUCUCGUUUCCCGAGCGGAAACGGGGGGGUUUUGCUAUAUUUUCUGCUUAAAUUACAGAUGACCAGUGCAAUGGUGGCAUGGAGCAAUUGGAAGAUUUCCAAGUAUCCCUUUGAGCUCAAGGAGGAGAGAAAGAAAAAUGCCACCUUUAAAUGAAAGGUGUCAGCCAUAUCUGAGCUACGUUUUCCAAUAAAAUCUUUGACCCUUCCACAGACUGGCUGCUGUCUGUUGUAUUUGGCCGAAAAAAGAUCCUCAAAAGCCAAAAUUCCAGCUGGCUGUAACAUCUCUGCACGCGCCUUUACGCAGAAGCAAAACUAUUAGUUCCAAUGGAUCACAAAAUGGUGCAUGUUGACUAUUUUUUUCCUGCAUAUUUUGAAAAGAAGUUAUUGAAUAUAAGUGACUAGAUAAGAUUUUUAGAACCGGAGAAGUAAAAUUAAAGUAGCUGCUUACAUCAGAUCUCCCGCAAACAUUUCUGCCCCACAUCGAACCAAAAUAAAAAAUUAAAUGAAAAGCACAGUCUUGUUUUCAUGGUUGAUAUGUUUAUAUUCUAUCCAACAUGUGAAUAAACCUCUAACAAUUCCAACAGAGCUGCAGAUUUUUUGCUUUGUAAAACGUUAUUUAAAUUUCUUUCAUUCUGUCUGUAGAGCUAAUGUCCUUUAGAGAUGAGCAGAGAUGUGUGUGUUCUCCAGCUCUGGCCGCCUGACUUCUCCUCCUGAGAUUUAGUGCACAUUCUGUUCAUGGGGGGGUCGGGGGGGGAUGACUGAAAUAGCUAAAUGAAUGUGGCUGUUUUUUGUGCUUAGCCUACCAGAUGCUCACUUAAAUUAAUUAUUAAAAAAGAUCAUUCUUGACUUUCACUCCCCGUUCCUGCAGACUUAAAAAUCUUUACAUAUCAUGAGGUUGGUAACUUUCCCUUAAAGUUGCACAUUUUACCAGGGGGAGGGGGCGUUUUAAUGCAAGCAGAGCAGCCCAAAACAAACCGAGGGUUACAUGCAAGUUACAAGAGAGAUAAAAAACAAAACAAAACACAGAAUCUAUAGAUUUGAUCAAUCGAACGCAUUACAGCUAUUUAUUUAGUUUAUCCUAUAAUAAGCCAAUGCAUGACCACGGAACCGCAAGCAGCUUAUGUUAAAAAAGGAAAGAAUCUCUUAGAAUGAUCACAGAGGAGAAGUUCAGC